CUUUGCGCAUCUUGACAAUAUUCGAGGUAGUUACAUUUUUACUCACAAGGUUCACAAGGAGAUGUCAUUUAAGCUGCAGUGGGGCAAAGAAUUUGUAAAAGAAAUGGAAUUAGAAAUCCUAACAGAGGAUACUCGUGAUAUAAAAGAUGAUAAUAUUGAUCAGUUUGCACUUUUAAUUAGCAAUCCGAUUAGUAUUCGUUCAAAGG